ACCGCAUAUCACGACCCACGCGAGUCCAUCCUGCUUGGCGAACUGUGGAUUAUCUGCCUGUGCUAACCAACGGGAAGGAAAAGGGGGAAAGAUGUCGGAUAAAUGUCUAUGAUUAUCAAUUAGAUUGCCUUUUGGAGAUCGUUUUGCAAUACUGACAAGCUUUCCGGAUCUGCAGCCUUGCUUCGUGGAAGGAUUUUGCAUUUGUAACAGACAGAAGAGGUACCACACAGUGAAGGAUCAUGGAACAAUCUAAGCAGGCUGCCCCCGAGUCGGGGUCCCAGGAGGUGAACCCCGUCUUCAUGCAGCAGCUCCGGGAGCUUGAUAUCCCAGAGGAAGCAGCCAAGCAGGCUCUUCUGCGCACAAGGAAUGUGUCAGCUGAAGAGGCUGCUAUGUAUUACUUCAACAAGCUGGAGAAUGAGGAGGAAGGGGAUGAAGAUCUCUGGUUUAAGAUGGUGUUUGUUGUCAACAUGGAGCUGUCCAUGGGAGUCGGGAAGGUGGCUGCUCAGGUGGGUCAUGCUGCUGUAGGACUGUACCAGGCUCUGCAGGAGAAAAACAGCUGGAGGGAGAUGGCAUGGAAGUGGGACCAAGCAGGAGCGAAGAAAGUUGUGGUCCAGGGCACGAACAUGGCUCACCUGCUGGAGCUGCAGGCCCUGGCCAUGAGCCUCAGCCUGCCCACCUACCUGGUGCAGGAUGCGGGGAGGACUCAGGUUGAGUCUGGAUCCCACACAGUCUUGGCAAUCAUUGGCGAAGAGGAAAUGGUCAACAAUGUUUCCGGAAGCCUGAAACUGCUUUGAAAAUACUUCUGGCCUCUGCAGAGGCAAAUUGCAUCGGCAGAGACGAACAGCAGGGGGCGGUAAUGAGUUUCGGCAGAAGCGGCUGGGCAUGCGGAGUGUUAACUACAGCCAUUUAUUUUUCUCUCUCAUAUCUUUGAGUCACUGUCUGGAGUCCACUGGAGGUGCUGCUCAGUCCCCGAGAACCUGGUUUAAACCGGGAUGUCCUGUUGCAUGAGAUUAAAAAAACUUGGCAGCAGGAGAGGUCCUGAGCAAGGAGUAGCAGCUUCAUUAAAUGACAAAGAAAUGACCCAUGACGUCACCCUCAACCUCUCAAUCCCACAACCCCCCCUCCCCAAACAAUACUGAGCCUCUUGUAGAAUAAACAGUUACGUUUUAGUAUAUAAUUGAUAUUAUAAUUAUCAACCAAUAUAUUUUCUGUAAUUCAGUUCUAAAGCUAUUGUGCUUAGUGAAAUCCAGGGGGGGGAGUAAAAAACAAAAUAACUACUUGGUGUUUUUCAUCCCACCACAAAAAAUAUAAAAAAUAGCAGACAUCUUGGUUCAAAAAGAGUCCAAACACCAUCUACAGGCUACAAACUGCUACUGCGCCUACAGAAGGAUAAAUACUAGACCUGUAGUGUAUGGGUUGAAAGCUGUUUCAAGGCCCUACAAUUUUGAAGAGCUACUUAAUGUGGAUAUAUAUGGUUCUUCGUUUAAGUCCUUCAAAUAGUGACUACUAGCUAUACGUAAAUGCUGUGAGAGCAUCGACAGGAAAGUGACAGUACCUGUUUAAGUAGAAUCGUGUUUCUUUGCUGUGUUUUUCUCCUUGCAGUGCCAUCUACGGACACCAUUCAUGCUUUAUCGCAGUCGUAUUUGAUGUGUUUUGUAUGUAACCAAAGUGUAAAACACAAUUAAACAUUUGCAAUUAAUAUUAAGAGAUUUGAGCAAUUUGGCUCUGUAUGAAAUGUGGACAGCAUUUAAUAAAAAAAAUAAUACAUUAUAA